AUGGAUUAUUCAAGAUACAACUGUCGUUGGGAAAACUGUAACAAAAUUUAUACCGACCCUGAACAUCUCUACAGUCAUUUAACAAAUGACCAUGUGGGUAGAAAGUCAACCGGUAACCUGUGCUUGACUUGUCAUUGGGAAGAUUGCGAAGUUUCUGUUGUAAAGAGAGAUCAUAUUACUAGCCAUCUUCGUGUGCAUGUCCCCUUGAAGCCUCAUCACUGCAAUUUUUGUGACAAAUCGUUCAAGCGUCCUCAAGAUUUGAAGAAACAUGAAAGAAUUCACAACGAAGAAAAUGCAGCACCUGUAAAGAUUCGACCUAAUCGUUCAUCGGCCAAUAUGACGCCCUUAACACCUCCUAGGCAGCCAGACAUGUCGUUAUCUCCUAAUCCUACCGUCAUUAGUCAUACCUCUUUGAAGGUGCCCAUUUCCCCUCCUCAUAGCAGCAGCAACUAUUCUGAUGUAGAUGGCUGGAUGCAGCCACCUCUCCACACCAACCAUAGUGGUGCUGUGUCAUCGCCCUCUUCUGAUUGCUACCAGAGCUUUAAUAGCAGCAGCUCUUUGUCCGUUAAACAAGAACCAUCUACCCCUUAUUCUCCACCCAAAUUUAUACCUGAUGAUAUCAUGAACAACCUGAUGUUUGUCGAUGAAAGCUCUAAUCAACUGAAAACUGAGUAUAAUUCAGAUAUGAUGAAUAACCUCGAUAUGUUCCAGAAUCUAGUGGACAACGGCUCUAUCAGUCCAAACUCGCUCAACAUGAACAACGAAGAGCAGCUGAAUAACUUUAACCUUUGGUUGGCUCAGCUUACUGAAAGCAUUGAAGGCGGUGGUGCUGUUGGAAGAGGUGCUAGUGCAGUUCCUGCUAGCAAUGCAUCAUAUGACUACGCUGCUGUACAACAGCAACAGCAACAGCAACAGCAACAACAGCAGCAGCAACAACCCGCACUGCAACAAACAAACUAUGCUGACAUGUUACUACAAUUCAAUGCUAAUUUACCAAUGAGUGACACUAGUUUAUAUCCCACUGCCAAUACACACAAUCCAGAGCAAGACAUGUACGUCAGAUCCCAACCAUUGAUGCAAACAUCUGCGUUGGACUACAACCCAUCCACUCCUUCCAAGCUCUAUGGCGAUUACUCGAUGCCCAUGAUGGACACAACCACCUACAACUAUGCAGCUGAAUUACCACCGCCCCAGAUGAAUGGCAUGCGACACCAUUAUGCCAAUGUGCCUGGCAUUGUCAACAGCAAUAACUACUUUACGCCUGAUCUUCGAACCACACAAAACUUGGGCAGUUCAAAGGAUGAUGUCAAGUACAAGUCGAAAUCACCUGUUGAUGCGGAAUUCAAAGAAGAAAAAGCAGCCGAGGCAUUCAAGCCAGUCAAGCCAGACACUCUGAUUGAAUCCAAAAAGAAUGUUACCACCAUGAUGAAUGUCUUUGCUAGCGUCGAUGAUAUCAGCUCCAAUAGCACUAAGAAGCCGUCUUCAUCAUCAUCGGUUGCAUCUUCCGAAACCAAUAAGCAACCCCAGCAGCCCCGUGCCAAGAAAUCACCCGUAAGUAAGGAUAUCUUGGAUCUUUUAGUGAGUGAUAUGUCAGACUUGGCUAUCGAGAAGGAAGCACAAACGACACAACAAGAAUUGUAUCCAACUGCAGACAAAUCCAAAUUAGAGAAGCAUCAGCAACUAUUAAAAAAUUUGAGCCAAUGGGUCAAUAAGAAUUUCAAAAAUCAGCAACAACAGCAACAACAGCAUAAAUCAGUUGAUACCAUCUCUUCAUCCUCUCCUUCGUCUGUUCAAGUGCAAUAA